AUGGAUAUCCGCCUGCUCAAGUCCGCCGACCUCCCCCUCAUACAGCACGCCAACCUCGAGAACCUGCCCGAGAACUACUUCCUCAAGUACUACCUCUACCACGCCCUCUCGUGGCCCCAGCUCAGCUAUGUCGCCGUCGAUGUCUCGCGCCCGAAGCGCACCCCCUACGACUACCCCAAGAUUGUCGGCUACGUCCUGGCCAAGAUGGAGGAGGAGCCCGCCGACGGCAUUGCCCACGGCCAUAUCACCAGCCUCAGCGUCAUGCGCACCCACCGCCGUCUGGGUAUCGCCGAAAAGCUGAUGCGCCAAAGUCAACUCGCCAUGGUCGAGACCUUUGGCGCCCAGUACGUCUCCCUUCACGUCCGCGUCUCCAACCAAGCCGCCAUCCACCUGUACCGCGAUACCCUGGGCUUCAAGACGGAAAAGACGGAGAGCAAGUACUACGCCGACGGCGAGGACGCCUUCUGCAUGAAACUCGACCUGGGUUACAUCCGCGAGCAGGUCCAGGACGAGCGCGACCGCGAAGAGGAGAAGGACGUCGAGCCCGUUGACGAGGGUGAGGCCGUCGGUGAUGUCGGCCGCGACCCCAGCGCUACCGCCGCCGCCGACAAGAAGCGCAAGGUCAAGGUUGGCCGCGGCCUCGGCGUCGGCGAGCUAGUCGAGAAGAACGAGAGCAAGAACUAA